UGCGGAGGGUGAGCUCUAUGGGGCCAAAGGCGCUGCGGGGCAGGAGCCUCGGGCUGCGCCUCCCUCGGGCGGGGACAGGGGCUGGUGACGUCUGCUGGCGACACAGACAGAAAUGCAUCAUGGGUAAUGCCAUAUCGUCGCGUCAUGCGAUGACAUCACAGUGGUGUGACGUCACGACACUAGGUUCACCCCACAGCUGCUGCCAUGACGGGGCUCUCCGGCCAACCCUUCUCUUUGGAGGAGCAGAAGCAGUUAGCAGUGAACAUCACCCAUGUCCUCUCUCUCUAUGGCUCCAUUGUGGACUCCUACAUCAUUGAGUUUUUCACUGAUAAUCUUUGGGGGAAGCUUCCUUAUUCCUGGCGGGCAGUGCUCACCAAUCUCCCCUCCCCACAACUCGCUGCUGUCUUGCUCGAGAAAGGAAAACCAGAGGAAGUUUGUUACAGCGUGGUGUGGCCGCUUUCCUUGCUGGCCUUUAAAGCUACAGCGCACACAUUGGCUUUCUCCAGAACACCUCGUGGCAGAGGCGGCACGUCAGCGAACAGGAGGCCAGAGGAGUUCAGGGAGAACCGAUGUCAGAGCUCGAAGCUUAACCCCCUUUUCCGGAAGCACGUCAAGCCAAAAAAACAGCAUGAAAUCUGGCAGCUCGGGAAGGUGGUGAAGAAACUGAGCGAGAUCACCAGGUGUGACCAGGUGGUAGAUAUUGGCUCUGGCCAGGGCCAUCUCUCUCGCUUUCUGGCCUUCGGUCUGGGUUUGUCCGUCACGGCGAUCGAGGGAGAUGGACGCCUGGUUGACAUGGCGACGAAGUUUGACCGAGAACUGGUGUGGGCGCUGGAGAAGGAGCAAGCACGACAAGCCAAGGAUCCGGGGGAGGUCUCCCUCCGUGGGCCGAGUCAUGUGGCAGGGUGGGUCAACCCCCAAGCACCAUGGCAGGAAUUCCUCCUUCCACCGCGGUCAGUAAUAGACUCAGCUCGUUCUCCCAUGGCAGAAAGCGGCCCGUCCCCGGAGGCCGGUGCCACCUACGACUCGCCAGGGCCACGGAAGAUCAUUCCCCCCACUGCCCUUUGUAGGGGUGGCAGAGAUAGGGCAGAGACAGGCAAGGCUGGAGAGAAGGGGACAGGAGGAUGGGGCUGCAUGGCUGCUGCAAGAGAGGAGCAGAGGGGAUCCCCAGAUCCCUUCAGAAGCAGAGGCCGUGGCUGCAUUCCCAACGGGCCUCACCCUCUUUAUCAACCGAGCCACCCAAUGGCAGUAAAUCCCCUGGGGCCGCUGGCGGAGGGCAGGCUGCUCCUGACCGGCCUCCACGCAUGCGGAGACCUCAGCGUAGCCCUGCUCAGACACUUCACCCGCUGCCCCCACGUGGUGGCUAUGACCUCGGUGGCCUGCUGCUACAUGAAGCUCACCACUCAGGAGGAGCCAACCCCCCCUGGCCUUGCUGCACCACCCCCUCCUUCCGCCCACCGACCUGAGUAUGGCUACCCCCUGAGCGCCUGGGUGGCCGGCCUGCCGGGCCAUGCCCUCUCCUACAAGGCGCGGGAAGUGGCCUGCCACGCCGUGGAGGACUACGUGCUGCGGCUGAGGAGCGAGAGCCCCGUCCUGCGGACUCACUGCUACCGCGCCAUGCUGGAGACGCUGAUCCGGGCGGCUGACCCAGCCAAGAGACGCCUUGGAGUGCAGACCAUCAACAAGGCCCACCAGCUAGCCUUCGAGGAGUACGCCCAGCUGGGCUUGCAGUGCGUGGGGCUGGACCCCGCCGCCCCCCUGGAUCGGGCCUGUGUGGACACUAUGCUGGCCCAGCAACAGAACGUGGUGGCCUUCUUCAGCCUGGCCUUGUUGCUGGCGCCACUGGUGGAGACCCUCAUCCUGCUGGAUAGGAUGAUCUACCUGCAGGAGCAAGGCUUCCAGUGCCAGUUGAUUCCCCUGUUUAACCCCAGCUUCUCGCCCCGGAACCUAGUGCUGGUGGCGGCCAAGGCUGGGCUGGACUCUGCGUUAUCCACCCUGGCAGGGGAAGACUGACUCAUACCAGCCUCCACUGAUGCAGGGGAAUCGCCUGCCGCGGCCUCUGGGGAGGAACGUGGCAGCUGUUUAACAGCGUACGGGACAGGAGCAGGCGCUCGGUGUACGAAGAGGCAGGCACUGGCGGAGUCCGGGGCUGCUUGUGGCAGGCUGUAGCAGCCUCACAAAGUUCGGCAGCAGUUGCACAUGGGGAGCGAGAUGAUGUGGCCCACCCAGGACCAAUCCUUCCGCCUUCAGCCCCACUCAAGGGCAGGGAGGUUUCUUCCCUCCCCGGCACUGUUUCCUGAGGCUGCAAGGCAUGUUGUGGGCUGGAAGAGUCCAAGAGGAGCCAGCCUCGGGCACCAGAGAAAGCCCGGCAGGGCCCUGCUGCAGCAGCGAAUCAGGGACAACAAAACUAAGUGAUUGGGCAAAAAAAUGGCAAAUGAAAUUUAAUGUGGAUAAAUGUAAAGUAAUGCACAUUGGAAAAAAUUACCCCAACUGUACAUACAAUAUGAUGGGGGCUAAUUGAGCUACAACGAGUCAGGAAAAAGAUCUUGAUGUCAUCAUGGAUAGUUCUCUGAAGAUGUCCACACCGUGCGCAGAGGCGGUCAAAAAAGCAAACAGGAUGUUAGGAAUCAUUAAAAGGGAGAUAGAGAAUAAGACUGAGAAUAUAUUAUUGCCUUUAUAUAAAUCCAUGGUACACCCACAUCUCGAAUAUUGCGUACAGAUGUGGUCUCCUCACCUCAAAAAAGAUAUUCUAGCACUAGAAAAGGUUCAGAAAAGGGCAACUAAAAUGAUUAGGGGUUUGGAGAGGGUCCCAUAUGAGGAAAGAUUAAAGAGGCUAGGACUCUUCAGCUUGGAAAAGAGGAGACUAAGGGGGGAUAUGAUAGAGGUCUAUAAAAUCAUGAGUGAAGUGGAGAAAGUGGAUAAGGAAAAGUUAUUUACCUAUUCCCAUAAUACAAGAACUAGGGGUCACCAAAUGAAAUUAAUAGGCAGUAGGUUUAAAACAAAUAAAAGGAAGUUCUUCUUCACGCAGUGCAGUCAACUUGUGGAACUCCUUGCCUGAGGAGGUUGUGAAGGCUAGAACCAGAACAGGGUUUAAGAGAGAACUGGAUAAAUUCAUGAUGGUUAAGUCCAUUAAUGGCUAUUAGCCAGGCUGGGUAAGGAAUGGUGUCCCUAGCCUCUGUUUGUCAGAGGGUGGAGAUGGAUGGCAGGAGAAAGAUCACUUGAUCAUUACCUGUUAGGGUCACUCCCUCUGGGGCACCUGGCAUUGGCCACUGUCGGUAGACAGAUACUGGGCUAGAUGGACCUUUAGUCUGACCCGGUACGGCCGUUCUUAUGUUGACUGGCUGGUUGCCAAGGCUCUGCACCUCCACCUGCCUCCCCAACCUUCCUGGCCUUGCAUAUCCCUCCCCCCAACUUCAGCUGAUCCUCUCAACCAAAAUAAACAACCCCCAAAAGAGCA